AUGAAUCAAUUUAUCAAUGAUGAAAUAGCUUCAGAUAAACAAAAUAUGUAUUCGCUUAUUACAGAUUUAAUACAUCUAUUACUAUCUUCAAAAUUUAAAGAAGUAUGGUCAAAUCUAAUAAAUGAUCGAAAGAUAUCCUAUAAUCAACUGUUAACCAAUCUUAAUCAAAUCCUUCUAUACAUGUCAACAUUCAAUACACCUGACCAAGUAAGCCAAUGUCAUGUAUUGAUUAAAUCAAUCAAUACAGAUGUUGCUAGUUAUUCUUUAAAUUUUAAAAUCAACAACAAUUGUUCAAUAAAUACUACAAAUUCUGUAACAUUGAACAUUUAUCAAACAAAUUAUGCACAGGAUACUCGGUAUUCACAAUUUAAAUUCACACCAAAUCCUGUUAAUGUUCAACGUAUUAAUAAUAGUAAACAGGGACAACAACAAAAUCUGUCAAUAAUAGGAGGCUUAUCAGUACUAACUAUACUAGAUGAAAACUUACAAGAUAGUAAAAACCUAAUGCUUGCUGAUAUCCCUCUGAAUCGAUUCAGUCAGAGCACCCAAUUACAAGAAAUUAGCUUAAAAGAUAAACAGAGUUUACACAAUGAUAGAUCACAAGUAAAUAACGAUCAACGUGUAUUUUUGAUUGCAAGUCCAUUGUAUUCAGUUGAAUUUUUCACCACAAAUCAAUCAGAAACGAUACUGCGUUCUGCUAUUAAUAAUGAUAAUAGUAUUCGGUCGAUACAAAUCGAUUAUAUGGUUCCACUAUUGAAACAAAAUAAAUACCAAAGUGUUUAUUAUUAUCAAACAACAGGACGUAUGAAGUGGAAGGCUUAUAGUUCUGAACAAUCUAAUGACCGAUUGGCUAAUCAAAUACGUUGUGUUUAUUGGGAGAAUACAGUUAGUAAAGAUGGUGAAUGGGAUGUUGGCGGCUGUCGAGUUGUCAGAGCAAAUAUUACGCAUGUUCAGUGUGUCUGCAGCCAUUUAAGUUUGUUUGCUGUAGCCAUGGAAUCAGAGGAUGCACCGUAUAGAGAUAAACCAAUAUGGAAAGCAUGGGGCAUAGAAACUGAAUCCCAGCUUGAUCUGCUCAUGAAUAUUAUUCUUCUCGGUGGUAACGGUCUCUCAUUGGCUUGUUCAGCCUUGUUUCUACUUACACUGAUAACUGUAUUGAAGAAAUCCAGUAUACCAGAUGUUUGCUUAGCUCGUAUAGGUCUGUGUAUAUGUCAACUUGGAUUUCAUGUCACCUUGUUUGUUGAACCCCUGAUGAAUAAACAACAAACAGCAUGCCAAGCUAUCGGUCUAUCAAUGAAUCUCUUCACUAUCCUGGUUUCUAGCUGGCUUGCAAAUGAAGCGAUUAGUUGUUCAAGUGUUUCGUGUUGGGUAAGGUGA